AUGUCCGGCGACAUGCCCAAGCAGGAGUUUCUCAUCGACGACUUGCCCACGACUUCGGUCACCAUUUACCCGUCUCGCGCCCACGUCGUGCGUGAUAUCGCCGACGUCAAGCUCCAGCCCGGCCUCAAUGAGGUAACCAUCUACGGCAUCACGCCCGCUGCCGACGAGCAUUCCGUGCAGCUCGACGGCCAUGGCGCUGCCACCAUCACCGACAUGAGCGUCGAGCUCGUCGCCAACCGCGAGAGGUUCGCCGAUCACUUCUCCAGCGACGACUCGGAUUCGGAUUCUGGGGACCAUGCCAGCGACGGCGAGUGGAAGAGUGGUCAUCUCAAUGCCCUGGCUAGCGAGCUGAGGCGGUUGAAGGGGGAGCUCGAGGAUGCGCGCGAGAGGCAGAGCUCGGCCAACGACCAGAUGCGCGUGCUCAAUGCCUUUAUGGAGACUAUCAAUGCGAAGCACAACGAGCCUGCAGAUGCUUCCAAGGCUAUUGCUACCUAUGGUAGUGACAGAGCACGUCUUCAUGCGCAGUGGGCGCUUGCAAAGGACGAGAUUGAGAAGUCGGAGAAGAACAUCAGGAAGAAGGAAGCGAAUUUCCAGAAAGCGACGAAGGAAGAGCGCAAGUGCAAGAAGAAGAAAGCGGAAGAGAAGCAGAAGAAGAAGGCUCAACGGCGGCGAGAGAGGAAGCAUGUGCGAGACGAGAAGGCCAAGUUCUGGCCGAGGAAGCUCUACUGCGUCAAGCUGACUCUGGAAGCCCCCGUGGAUACUCCCAUGUCGUCCAGGCGGAGCUCGCUCGACUCCACCGACGAGAAAGCUCCAUUCAGUUUUUCGGAGAAAACGGUGCGCCUCUCGCUGUCGUACGUGGUCCGCGAAGCGUCUUGGUCUCCGCGGUACAACGUCAGCAUCUCAUCUCUGGACAAGACCGCAACCAUCAUCUACAACGCCGAGUUCAGCAACAAGACAUCCGAGACAUGGAAGGACGCCAAGAUCACUCUUUCCACUUCUCAGACCUCUUACUCGGGGCUUGAUGACAAGGUCCCCGAACUCCGACCGUGGCCCAUCUUCCUAAGGGACAGGCACGCAUACGACGAGGACGAGCAUCUCUGGGAUACCAAGCUUAGCCCGCAGGAGAACUUGGCUGGCGGUAGCUUCAUCUCCCAUGGCCAUAGCCAAGACCACUUCAACCGAUAUGAGGUUUUCGGUCCCGAGCGCGCCGGCCUCUUUGAAAACUUGACCGUCUCUAGAUCAACACAUCAAAGCCGGCCGCCCCCACCCCCACCCCCAACUUGGAAGCCUACCUUUGGAGCUCCGUCCCAACUUGGCUCUGCAUCUGGUGGUAGUCUAUUUAACAAUCCCGGCAGAGGCUUCGGCAGCAGCAACGCUGGCCCAACUAUGACUGCUUUUGGCUCAGCAGCGCCUUCUGCCGGCAACACCAAUUCCGGAACCGAGCAACCCCCAGCCACGGGAGGGCUAUUUGGCAACAGUAAUAACGCGCAACCCGCGCAAGGAGGAGGCGUUUUUGGCGGCGGCAGUAACAACAACAACGCGCAACCAUCGCAAACAGGAGGAUUAUUCGGCAGCAGCAACAACAACAACACCGCGACCAGCAGCGGCAGUCUAUUCGGCAACACCACCACCACCAACAACAACGCCCAGCCACCACCAACCGCCGGCAGCCUCUUCGGCCGCAGCGCCGCCGCCGCCGCCGCCCCGCAACCCACCACCAACCCCCCAGCCGCUCACGCCCACCCCGACACCCUCCACCAAGACCCCACCUGGGAAGACUCGGGCAUGACAACCGCCUACGACCUCCCGGGCACACGCACCCUCGCCCCCUCUCUCCUCUCCCACCGCCACAAGCUCGCAACCCUCCACAUCCCCUCCAUCACCCUCUCCCACCUCGCCAUCCCCAAGCUCCGCAAAGGCGCCUUCCUCCGCGCCGAGCUGCGCAACCCCCCCACCACAAACACCAGCGGCGGCCUCACCCUCCUCGCCGGCGCCGCCGCCCUCACCCUCGACGGCACCUUCCUCGGCAGCAGCAGCACCACCACCGCCUCGUCGUCGUCAUCGUCGUCGUCGUCGUCGUCAUCGCUUCUCCUCCCGCGCACCGCUCCCGGCGAGACGUUCUCCCUCGACCUCGGCGUCGAUCCGGGCGUGCACGUGGCGUACGCGCCCGCGGCGCUGCUGCGCGGCGCCGACGGCCAGCCGGCAGCGGGGCUGUUUGCGGGUGUCGGCUUGCAGCGCGAGGCGGUGGAUCGGUACGCGCGGUGCGCGACGCUGACGAACGCGCGGGCGGGGCGGGUGAAGGUGUGCGUGAGGGAUCAGGUGCCGGUGUCGGAGAUGGAGAGGUUGAGGGUCGAGGUUUUGGUGCCGAGGGGGCUGUGGAGGGGUGGCGGGAAGGUGGUGGCGGGGGAGGUGGCGGAGGGGGAGGUGGCGGAGGAGGGGGGAGGGAGGUGGGGGCAGGCGACGGCGGAGAUGAAGGAGGGGAAUGUGGUGGAGUGGACGGUCGAGUUGGAGGGGGGGAGGAGCUGUAGGUUGCCGCUUGAGUGGGAGGUCAGGAUGCCGGGGGAUAAGAGGAUUGCGUUUGCGUAG